AUGAGUAGCGAUUCGAAUGGCGAUCAAAAUGUUCCCUGCUCGGAAGAGGUCAAAACCAAAGCCGAUGAAGCAAAAGAUGCUGCCAAUAAAUUAUUUCAGGCUAGGAAAUACGAAGCUGCGAUAGAAAAAUACUCGGAAGCAAUCGUCCUAAAUCCAAGCGUCGCAGCAUACUAUGCCAAUCGAUCUUUCGCUUAUAUCAAAACCGAAGCAUAUGGAUAUGCUGUUGCAGACGCGGAUUCGGCGGUUAAAAUUGAUCCGUCAUAUGUCAAGGGAUAUUAUCGAAGAGCGGCAGCAAAUAUGGCGUUAUGUAAAUUUAAAGACGCGCUUCGGGAUUUUCGAAUUGUUGUGAAAAAAGCCCCCGGUGACAAGGAUGCCAGGACAAGAUUAUCAGAAUGCGAGAAGAUCGUGAGAAGGAUCGAAUUUGAGAAAGCCAUUGUGGUAGAAUCCACGCAAAAGAGCCUAGCAGAAACGAUCGACGUAACCACGAUCACGGUGGACUCUUCGUAUGAUGGGCCAAAAUUCGAAGAUGGGAAGAUCACGAAAGAAUUCAUUGAAGAGAUGAUGGAAUACUUCAAAAAUCAAAAGAAAAUUCACCGGAAGUAUGCAAUUCAAGUCAUUUUGGCAGUCAGAAAGAUCAUGUUGGAAACACCAUCACUCGUUGAUAUAAAAAUACCUCAAGAUUCAAAAUUGACCGUGUGUGGUGAUGUUCAUGGUCAAUUUUAUGAUUUCAUCAACAUCUUCAAUAUUAACGGCGUGCCAUCCGAAACGAAUAUGUAUCUUUUCAACGGAGACUUCGUCGAUCGUGGCUCAUUUAGCCUUGAGGUUAUAUUAACCUUAUUCGCUUAUAAAUGUCUUUACCCAAACUCGCUUUAUCUUACCAGAGGCAAUCAUGAGACGGAUGAUAUGAAUAAAGUUUAUGGUUUUGAAGGAGAAGUUAAGGCUAAAUACAAUGACGCAAUGUUCGAAUUAUUCUCCGCGACGUUUAGCACUUUGCCUUUAGCCCAUCUAAUUAACCAAAAAAUUCUGGUAGUUCAUGGUGGAUUGUUUAGUCGCGAUGAUGUCACAUUAGAUGAUAUAAGAAACAUCGAAAGAUUCAACAAGAAACAAUUAGAUCAAGGAAGUUUGAUGUGCGAAUUGUUGUGGUCUGAUCCACAAUCAUUACCUGGACGAGGCCCAAGCAAGAGAGGUGUCGGAAUACAGUUUGGACCUGACGUCACUGAAACUUUUUUGAAACGCAACAAUCUUGAUCUCUUAAUAAGAAGUCAUGAGGUCAAAGAGAAUGGUUAUGUAAUUGAUCAUAACGGAAAAUGUAUCACCGUUUUCUCAGCUCCAAACUAUUGCGAUACGAUCGGAAAUAAGGGCGCGAUAAUUAAUAUCACUCCAGACUUGAAAUUGAGCUAUAAAACUUUUGAGGCCGUGCCUCAUCCUAAUAUUCGUCCCAUGGCUUACGCAAGUCAAUUUGGAGGAUUGUUUACACAGUAA